CGGGCGCGCGGCCCCGCCCGGCUGUCAGCGGGCGCGCGGCAGGUUGAUCGCCGCGGCUGCAGAUGAGCGGAGCCCGCGCGCGGCCGGGGCAGCGCCGCCGGGGCCGGCUCGGCGGCCGCCGCACUAUGCGAGGCCGGGAGGAUGGCGGUGGAAGCUAUCCAUUGCAAUCUGAAUCCAAAUGGUAUUGAUCACCCUGCCCCCACAGAAGGUAUUAAUCUGCAGCUUGAAGGUGAAGGAGUUGAAUCACCCUCUCUUAAGAACACUAGUACUCCAAAAGGGUCUGAGUCAAAAGAGACACCCAAGAGACAAGUGGAGCCAGAAAUAUCUAAGUCUGGGACUGUGAAGCUGACCAAGCCUGUGGCAUUAUGGACCCAGCAGGAUGUCUGCAAAUGGCUGAAGAAACAUUGCCCUAAUCAGUAUCAAAUCUACAGUGAGUCAUUCAAACAGCAUGACAUAACUGGCCGUGCUUUGCUGAGACUUACUGACAAAAAGCUUGAACGAAUGGGCAUUGCCCAGGAAAGCCUGAGACAGCACAUUCUGCAGCAAGUCCUUCAGCUGAAGGUGAGAGAAGAAGUCCGAAACCUCCAGCUGCUUACACAAGAUCUCUACUUAAACCUGGAGCAUGAUUUUUUGAGGGUCAUAGAAAAGCAGCCAGCCCUUAUAGUCCAUCAAGCCCCAGCAGAGAGCUCUCCAUAAACAUUUCCAGCCUCUAAAGCUUCUGUCCUGCCACUUGAUGUGAAAGGGAACUUUCCUUCAUGAAAAAAAAACAUAAUAAAUGGCACUGCCAGAAGGUGACCAUGGAGGAUUGAAGACAAACUUGAAGUAAAAUCAGCCCACUCAAGAUGAUGCAUUCUGGGAAAACCUGGUCUGCUGUGGAGUAAAAAUGUGGUGCAUAAUAUCCAGUGCUAAUUUAUUGAAAAUGGUCAUGACAGACCUUUAGCUGGAAUACUCCUUCCAGUUUUCAUCACUGUGCAUAACUUUUGAGUUCCCUUUAGGGGACUGUCUAUGCCCUUCACUAGAAGUCCUGUUUUAGCAUGGCAACUACUGGAUUCUUUUAUUAUGUAUGCAGAUGGCAUGAUGUUUUAGGAAAAACUUACAGCAAUUCUCCAAUCUCAGUGGAUAUGUUCACAAUAUUAAACCCUGAUAGGAAUGUAAACGUCUUGUAUAUGUUAGUUUUGCAGUCUAAUGGUAUUCUGUUAAACAAUAUCAGCACUUCAUAUGUGCUUUCCACACAGAACUAGCACAGUCCAUAUAUAUAUAAUGGUCUUUUUUUUUAAAUACUGAGGAUAUGUUUCAGUCUUUGUGCUGAGACUGCAUCCACACUGAAGUCCACUGCUAGCAUACCUUCACAGAUUCACAGUAGAUUGUGUAGAUAGAUUUGCACGUGGCAGAGGUGUGACUUCUUUUAUCGAGACUGAGAGAACAGCUGUCACAGAGGUAGCUGUCACAGGGUAGGUUGAAUGAGCUGUAGGAAACUGUCUGCUCUCCCUCUUGUUCACCAAAUAUCAAAGGUUCUUGUUUCUAGUGUGCCAAUGUGUUUUCUUACUUUGCAAGGGAGAGGCAAAGCCUUUCUCAAAGAUAUGUGUGACCUUGGGUUUGGUCUACGAUAGAACCAGAAUAUACUGGAAGAAUUCAGGUUCUUUAUGCUGGCCACCAUUUAUGUUUUGGGCAGGGCUGGGGAAUCGUAGUCCAAACCAAACUCUCUGAACAAGGUAAAGUGUAAGACUAUACUUCUAAGGAGCAAGACACUCCCUUUGGAGAGGGCAGACUUCUUCAUUAACUUUUUCCACUUUCUAUCCAAAACAGUAUUUUGGUAGGAACUGGGAAUAAGCAAAUGGUUCCAAUAAGCCUUUCAAUAUACUGUAGCAGGCUCAAGACUGUUGCAUUCAAUCUGAACGUUGUUUUUUGUUCAGUCUCUGAAUGGCUGGCCUCAUCACUGGUUGUAUCACAGCUGGCUGUGGUACUGUUUCUUCCCUGGGGACUCAGUGGAAUUAGUGUCUAUCCCUCACAUUAGGACCUUCUUGACACACUCUUUAUAAUGAACUGAUGCCAUAAACAUACUGAGGGGACUUACUUAUUUGUUCCUUCUUUCUUUAAAAUCAAAGGUAGCUUUUUUUGUGUAUUUAAAGACCAUCACUCUCUCCAGCCUAAUAGAUGUGUACUAUAGAGUCGCUGUUAGGAUGUAUGCCAAACUGGAUGAGACGCCGUACUGGAGUGAAGAUGCAGCGAUGGAGAGAAUGUGCAGCUACAAGUCCAAGGGACCUUUUUAGAGGAAGCUCUUGUGUCAUAAUGCUUUAAAACUAUUGUACAGUUCAUUGCUACAGAAUGGAAGGUCAACCACUGAGGGUGCCCAUACAACAAACAGAUAAAUAACUUUAGGGCUUAAUUUUUUUCAGAUGCAUAUGGGCUUAGGUUUCAGCUCUCCACCCAUCUCAAAUUCAGCCUGUUGGAUAUUUCUAUAGUAUCCAGUCCAAAAGCAAAUUGUUUUUACUGAUGACCAAGAUUCUCAGAAGUUACUAAUGAUUUCUAAUGGUUUGGGUCUUUCCAUGGGUUCUGAAAUGGAGUUCACAAGAAUUACAAAGCAGUAAGCAUCUACAUUCUUUUUCUGAAAAUCCUGGUCCCUAAUUUUAAAUUAAUUGGUGUAAAAAUUCUCCUUAAGACAUAAGAAUCUUUGCCAAUGGCAACAUUUGCACUUUUUAGAGCUUUUCAUAGGGCUGCAGGUUGGAAUCUGAUACCAAGAGACCCAGCCAUGCGCAUGGCACAGGUCCACUGUAAGCUUUAGCAAAUUUUACAGCUCUUUAUGUUACAGGUUUUAAAAAUACACUCUGGCAACUGACAUCAAUUUCAUGUUGGUACAGCAAUUAAAAAAACCCACUUUGAUAUAAGUUAUUUUAAAAAGAAGGAGAAUGCUAUACUUCUACAGUAUGGUUUCUCUUCUUUUACUACCCAGUGAAACAAUCUGGAAUAAUUUGAAUUAUAAAAGAAGAGUUUAUCAGAGAGUGUUAUCUUAAAAGGGCGUACGAGAAGAAGUUGAGUUAGGCAGAGAGCCACUAGAAGCAUUUUUUGUAUCAAUGUUAGUUUUGAACAUCUUCCAGUAUAUGGGCAUGAAUUUAGAUGUGUGCACUUCUCCUGUUAAAACAGUUUGUUUUAAAAGCUUCCCAGGAUUUUAGCUAUGAUGACCUAGAAAAGCAGUGUUUCAGGCCCUGAGAAAUGUGAAAAUCAAGUCCAGACCCUUGUGUAGCCAGACUCAGUGAGAAGUCUGCUGUAGGUGCCUAUCGGACAAAUCUCCUUUGAAGCUGGUGUAGGUCUCCAGCCUACAGCCAGCCUGUGCAUGUGGAUAAUUGCAAGCAUAGUUCCCCCGAGCCCCGUGACACUUCUCAUGUGUGUAAUUGUCUGCCAGAGCCAUAAGGAAAUAACUGUACUUUUUGGCUUGUAUUUAACUAUUCAUUGUGUUUGGAUUUUCUAAUCACUGUUAUUCUCCCAAAGUAGGCCAUGCUUCCUCAGGGAUAUUUAUGAAAUUGUUCUGCAUCUCCUGAACAACUAUCUGGAUUCCAGCGUAUUCUUCUGAAAACUUUUUAAUAUAAAUAAACAUGCAGGAGAGAUUUUUGUUAUUAUGAAUGGGGGCAGGUACUGUGUUCUCGGAAAGGCUAUUGAGUGCAGACAAUCAAGUCUAUUGCAUUUUUUAUGCUGAACACCUUAUUAAUAGCAGACACAUCCGCUUUUGCCUGGGUCGCAGGAACAGUUCAGGGGAAAGAAUUCUUUAUCUCUAGUCAAUAAAUCAUUUAUGUCGAGAGUGCCAAAGACCAAGUCAACAUGAAAGGGAGCAAAUAAGUUAUUCCGGCAAAGGAAGUGAAUUUAAAUACACUCAGAGCCAUUAGUUCAGUGCAAAAGAGUGGGAGACUAAUGCUAUUUUCAUAAAACAGCAAUUAUCAGCCCUGUGAAGAUAGAUAAGUUUGCAAAGGCCAGUGCUGCUGUUACACUGAUCACUAGUUAUUAUCUCCGAAACAAAACGUUAUUGCGAUCAGGACACUGUUCCCUGUGUGCAGACCUGCAGCCUUCCUCCCGUGCCCGGUACCUCUCCCUGCCGCUACGCUCGCCUAGUUUCUUUGUGUCAAGAAAGGUUGCAGCAUCAGAUGUGGCUAAGAAGCUCUGACAGAGACCUGGCCAUCCCAAGUGCUUCAAACCGUGGGAAGUCCUGCACUGGAAACCUGAAGGAAUUGGUCACCCCAGAAAACACACUGCAGCUGAGAGCAUCCUUUGCACUGUUUUGUGGGGUUUUUUUGUUUUUUUUUUUUUUUUUUCAUCUGCAUAGCUUUCUGUGCCUGAACACCCACUAUUUAUUCUGUUAAGGUAAUUGCCCAGAUAUCCAGGUAAUUAUUCUGUUAAGGGAAAUGCAGCCUUCCAGGAGAGGAGUUUGAAAAAGCUCCACAAGCUGUUUGGUUUUGGGCAUCCAGCUGCAUGGCCAUGCUGUACCUGUGGAUUCAUCCUUCCCUGUCUGUUCUUUAGGAUAAGUGUUGUCACUCAAUAGCAGCUGCAGCGUCAUUGAGGAAAUCAAACCAUUAAAAAUGACAAAAUUCUGGUUUUGUUCUGCCCUGAAUUUUCAGAAGACCCCAGGCCAGACCCCCAGCAGACUUACAUUGGCUCUAUUCCAUCAGAUUCUCUGGAGCUGUGUUGAUUAGUGCCAGCCAGGCCUGGGGUGGCUUUUUUGUCAUCACUAAAACUAACCUCCCUCCACCCACCACAAAGCCACAAGAUCUCAGUUAUUCAAAAUUGUCUCAGGCAAGCUGAGUAAAACCCUGCAUCUUUCACAUUGGUCCCCUUUUAACAAUUAACAUCUCUGCUGUCAGCGUCUCCUUGAACGCCCCACUGCAGGACUGCACUGCAAUUGAUCCUGGUAUAUAUAGACUGUGGUCAAUAGGAUUUUAAUUUAAAAAGAAAAGGUCCACUGAUAUAAUUAAAAUUGACAGGUGAGGGGGAAAGUACUACCGCCAUUACCUGCAGCCUCCUAUAGUAAAAUUCAGGAGUUGUCUGGAGUGCAAAAAAAACCCACCAACAUAACAUAUGGAUGAUUAGGCUGGCUCAUGAGGAUAAAUCAGCAAGUAAGAAAAGUAAAUGUUUGAUGAGAGAAGACAAAAAAGAUAUGGGAAGUCAGUGGUCAAUAGGUUAGGACUGGUUAGACCAAAGGCUUUAUAUAUAUCCUAAUAAAUACUAUCCUAGCAAAGCUAAAUCUGAUGUUAGACAGGCACAGCACAGUGAUUACUCACAGUACAUGCAAUAAACAACAAAUAUUCUUGGUUUGUAUUUGAAAGCAGUAGGAGGGAGUCAGAUUGCACAUUAAAAUGUAAUUCCUCCUACUCCAUCAGUAAUUGCGGGUAAUAUUAAGCAGCAACUAUCCAAACAUAUUUUUAAAUUUGUAGAACCAUUAACUGAAUCCAAAAGUGAAGGAAAAACUUAUCUAGGACUCCUCAGAACCGGGAAACAUAAAAGAAGCUUCAAAUGACACCAAAACCCCAGUAAUUUAAAAGAAUGAGUGAUUUGACCCAGAAAACUAUAGGCUCAUUAUCUUCCUAUCAGUCUUAGGCAAAAUCAUGGAAAGGUUGAUAUGGCACAUUCAUUAAAGCAAUUAAAAAUUGACAAAACCCCCCAAAUGAUUUUUAUAGAAAUGUAUCAUGGUGAAAAAACUUGCUAUCAUUUUUUUGUGAUAUCAAAGACUUGUUGACAAAAGUAGCUCUGCUGGCAUACUAUACUUAGCCUCCUAUAGAUCAUUUGAUUCUGAUAACAAAAUAGCACAACGCAAAAUCAAUAUCACCCAUAUUAAGUGGAUUAAAACUGAUUACAGGCUAGAUCACAAAAAAUAGCUACAAAUAUGAAAUUAGCAUCAGCAAGACUACUUCUCAUGAGUAACAGCAUCCCAAGGUAUGCUGUAUUUUCAAUAUUCCUCCCAGGGAAAGAGAAAAAUACUGCUGGCAACAGCCAGAGAUGACAAAAGGAGUGGCAUGGUAAAUAAUGAUAUGGAGCAGGUCAGUGGUAGAGAGUAACCUGGAGGAUGGCAAAGUCAGAAAUCCAGGAGAGAUGGCAGCAAGUCCAACUUGCAGGCAUGGGGAGUACAUCUGGAAUAAUACAGUGGCUGUCAAGUUGUGAUCAAUAAUCCGCUCAACAUCAGCCCCAGAGAUGCUUUUGCCAGCUGGGUUGUAGGACCUUGCAAUAGCAAUGCUGUUCCAGUUUAGUUACUGCCUGUCUUUCAAAAAUGGUAUCGACAACCUGGAAAUAUUAUUUUCAACAGCUCCCAGUGUCAUUCAAGGGCAGGAAAACAGUUCUUAUUAUAGUGUCAGACUAAUGAAGCUGAAGCUAUUAAUUUAUCAGAGGCAAUUUGAAGAGUUGACUUGAUCUCUGUCUGCAAUCAAAAUCUUCUACCUGGGCAGGGAAGUGCUGUCUGAAGGCAGGUAGCUCUUUUAUUUAGAAGAAAAGAGAAUGAUGUGCUCUACUGGCUGGAAACUGAUUUCAGGCUAGAAAUUAAGUGCAAAUGCUCGACAGGGAGGAUAAUUACCUGUGGAGACAACUUAGUUAGUUACCUGGCAUGUUCUCCAUCACAUAAAGUCUUUAAAUGUAUGCAGAGUAUUUUUCUAAGUCAAUAAGCUCUACCUCAAACUGAAAUCCAGGCUCAGUGCGGCAGUUACUGGAUGAGGUUAUUAGGGGUGUGUUAUGCAAGGAUUAGACUAGAUCAUCAGAUGUAAACUUCUGAAUGAAAAAUAUCUUAAAGUUUCCAAUAUUACAGGAAGGCAAGGCAACCUAUAACCAUUUUUUUCACACAAAAUGGUCUUAAUUUAAACACCUUAUAUGAACAGAGCUGUGCUUGUGAGCAUUUGGUGUGAUCAUUGGCAGGUCUGCUCAUAGCUGUAAGGUUCUUCUGCACAUAAAGAAAGAGAACUGGACCAGAAAGGACAACAAAAAACCUUGGACACAAAGAGAAAGUCUGCUGUAUUUCAUUAAUAACAGCCUCGGAUAAAAUGCUGCACUCAUGCUGGGGCCAAGUGGAUAUGUAGUGUGAGCAAGGAAUAACAACUAUGGGUUUGCCUCUUAAGUAAGGAGGUAGCAUCUUGCUGGCAAGACGCUUUUUUUCCUGCCAUGAAUAACUGGCACAGAAGCUGUGGUGCUGACUGAGAGUUAUAUUGUAUUGCUGUGCAGCUGAACACGGUACACGAGUUCCUUGCUUCAAAACUAUUCCUGCCAUCAUGACGAGCCCCAUCGGAGCUGGUUAACAAAGCCCUGGAAGUGAAAUGACUUCAGUGGGACUAACCAGAGUAAUGACAGCUGCUCCCAGCAGUGGGUUUUUGCAAGACUGGGCCCUACCACUGUGGGCUGGUUUAAACGUUGGACCAUAGAGACAAGGAGAGGAGCGCUCAGCAUCUGAUUCAGGUUUCACAAAACCACUGUCAAUAGGUGCAAGGCAAGUGUGAACUGUCAAGAGUUCUGCUGGGCUUCAUCCAGCGGUGGGGAACAGCACGGGCUAGGCUGGAUGGUUUGAAGAGUAAACAGUUCAUGCAAACAAAAGAAACUAUAACAACAAUACUUACUGCAAAUUGGUAUUGAAUUGACAUCAAGAAGCUGAAACAAGAAGGGAGCUAGCUACAGCCAUAGCUAAGAAGAUAAAGAUUUUGGGGGAUUCUUGCUCUAAUCCAGUGUGAAAUCCUAAGAAAAUUAGUUUGGUCUAGAUUUAUUGUUUAAAAAACAUUGGUACUAGCCAGCCGCCUGUCAAAUAAAUUCUGCAGAGUCACUGGCAUCUUACAAGUGUCCUCACACUGCCGAGACACCUUGCAGCUCUGGAGGAGAGUGGUCCUUAACGGGCACGGCUGGGGUCGGGCUGGACAGAGGAGAAGCUGAUCUUGCAGAUGACUAUAUAAUGUCUGCUUCUGCCAUAGAAGUAGAAUUGCCAGUGUUAUUAUAACACUUCCAGGCUUAGUCUGACAAUGAAAUGAAUAGCUCUUUUCUGAUUUUAAUUCGAAAUAUAUCUAAAUACCUUUUCAGAAAAAAAAAAAAAAUCCUCUGUAGCUGUUGUUAAAUCUCUAAUCAUGUUACUUCUAUUAAGCACUUGCCUUGAAUUCAUCUAUUUAAUACCAUAAGUCACCAAAUUAAAUAGCGAUACACAGGGUUUUAUAAAGCAGGGAGAUCGAUAUUGCAGCAAAACUGCAUGUAAGCAAUAAGAAGCUGUGCAGAGGAGGAAAAAAAAAUAUGAUCUGCCCCAUCAAAUGCUUAAGGAACUUGUUUGUUUUGUUUGUUUAUUGAGAGCACAGUUUUACAUCUGGACAGGUUUUCCCUACUGAGCCAGGCUCUGGUCUCAAAACCAGUCCAGAUAAAGAAAUGUUUGGAGUCCUUUUACCACUUCAUCUGCAUCCCUUGUAUGCCAAAAGUUCCUUAUCUGCUUUUUUUCUGAGAAAGGUAAAAAAGAGAUUAAGUGGCAAUAGAGAAAGCACAGAGGGACAUGAGCUUCCAGCCUAUGCAAAGCAUCUCGGCAUGACACCCAGAUCUCAGGCUUCUCCCCAAGUCCAACGCCCCUGACCGAGGGGAGGGACGGGGCCAGCCCGCCAGCGGAGCCCAGAGCCCUGUGCUGUGCCGAGCACUCGCUUGGGACCAUUGCAAGAGGCACGUUACCUUGCAGAAUCGGACCCUGUGUUUCAGGGCAUCAGCUGGGGUUGCUGCUGUCCGAUGGGCUUCCCCUAAAAUACAGAUGAACUGCACAGGGCAGUGCUCUGGCAAUGGGAAUGACCAGCAUUUCCCCAAAGAGGCUGCGUGCUCUGAGAAGAAGACUCCUUUGCUUUGCACUAAGUUGCUGAGACACUUGGCGAGCCUAAGAGGCAUAUUUUUAACUAUCUCACAGUUGUUGCAGAACCUGAAAGUGGCAGGGACAUGUUUUGGAAGUGCUGGGUUUUCCUUUCAGUUUUCUAUAGGGACUGUAGCUAUCUGGACCUGCCUCACAGUUUUGGUUGUUUUUUUUUUUUUUUUUCCACAAGUGGGAGUAAGGUGGGAGUAAUGCCUGCCUGGCUCUGUGCAGUGUAAACCAGCAAAGGGGGCUCUGAAUUUGAGCUCCUGUAUUUGGGGGAGUUGAAUUAAAGGUUGAUUGAACCUGACUUUGAGGAGCGCAGAUAACUGACGGCUGGAGUUGUCUCCAGAGGUUGCCUCCAAAUCAGUAGCCCAUGGACAGAAUCAGAUGCCAGGCUGCGCUUGCGCGUCGGCACCGGCAGCUGAUGCUGGGUGUGAGCUGCCGGGAGGGGAGCGAGGCUGGGGUCAAGCUCCUGGGAGAUCUGGUGGCCCGAUGCAGAAGAGCUGCUUGCAGAAAGGCUGCGUGCGAGCCCAUGGCCGUGCUGUACGGUCAAAACAGUCUCCUGACACCAGCAAGUUGUGUCUGGCCCAGCUGCCUCGGGAGUCAGCUCUGGUUUACAUUCACUAAGGAACUAUCAGCCAGUGAUCUCCUUUUAAUGUUAACUUGGUUGAAAAUCUAGGAAAAUGCCAGCACUCUUAACAGUUAAAAAGUGACGCACUGUUACUCCCAGUCCAUCUGUGGCUGAACUUUCAAAAGAUGGAGCCAAAUGAGGUGGCAUAAGACAAAAGUGUGCCUUUUUGUUUGACGUACCCUGCAUUUCCCGAGGCAUCCAAGGUGUUCUUCUCUACAACAGUGCUUUCUUUCCCAAAACAGAAAUGAUCAUGCAAUUUAACUUUUAGUAUACAAAGUGGCCAUCACUGUUAAUUCCACCCUACAGUUUUUAUAUUUACUCUUUAAUUCCUUCUGUUUUCAAAAAUCAACAAAAAGUAAAACCCAGGUGGGAGGGAGGAGUUCUUUUAAACAAUUAAAUAAAAAUCAAUAUCAAAUUUUUGGUAUCUUUGGGCAUGAUCUCUGGAAGCUUUGGAUAUCUGCUUUAUCAUUUUGUAUAUUUGACAAUUUUUUACUCUGCAUUGUUGACUUCAUUUGUGCAUGGCGAUGUAUUAAAACAUGGAAUUUUUAUUAUACAGUAAAA